UAUUGAAAAUCCUUUUCAGUUUCAGAAAUAGUCCAACGCGUUUCCUCCUCCUAGAAGAAGCAGUACAACUCUACCCAGACGACCAUCUCCUAGAUCUCCCUCUCAUCAUUCUAAGUCUUUAUCAAAAUGACUUAUUUAGAAGAAAGAUCAACGGCAAGCCUUUACAGAGGUGCAUCACGGAGAGAGAAACCCAGAGGACGUAAUCAGGGGUUAACUCAACAGAAAAGGCAAGAAAUAAGAGAGGCUUUUGAGCUUUUUGAUACAGACAACUCUGGAACCAUUGAUGCCAAAGAGCUCAAUGUUGCUAUGAGGGCCCUGGGUUUUGAAGCAACUGAAGAGGAGAUCAAUCGAAUGAUUGCAGAAGUUGACAAGGAUGGCAGUGGUGCAAUUGAUUUUGAUGAAUUUGUGCACAUGAUGACUGCCAAGUUUGGAGAAAGGGAUACUAAAGAGGAGCUCAAGAAAGCAUUCGACGUUAUUGAUCAAGAUAAAAAUGGGAAGAUCUCUUUUGCAGACAUUCAAAGAAUCGCCGAUGAGUUGGGGGAGCGAUUUACUGACAGAGAAAUCCAGGAAAUGAUAGAAGCGGCAGAUCAAGAUCGUGAUGGAGAGGUUAAUGUUGAUGACUUCAUGAGGAUGAUGAGGAGAACUAACUUUGGGCAUUAAGUAUUGCUACACCUGGGACAUUUGAGGCAAUUCUGUUGUUAUAAUAUGGUGUUACAGUUUCAGUAAAUAUGAUUUCGAUGUACUAGAGAAUGGUCAAAACAGCUGAAUUAGAGAACCAGUACCCAGGGUCUCCGCUAGUUAAUGGAAUAUGUAUUAUUCAAGUUUGUGGUAAUAAGGAUUUCUCGUUUGUAAACAGCUAAGCUAAUAUGGUCUCAAGUCAGUUUGGUCGAUUACAUAAAUUAUCAAUUAUCACUA